AUGAACGUGGUGGAAAAUUUUUCAAAUGAUUCACUCAAUCGAGAGAAUUGGUCCAAUCCAAAAACAACAACUGGAGUAAGAAACAGAGAUACAAGAAGCUUAUUUUUUAAUGAUUCAUCAUCUCCAAUAUCUGGUAUUCAUAGCCGGAAAUCUAGUAUUGCAUCAACGACAAAAGGCCAGAAUAUAAUACCUACUACUAUUUCCAAUAAUAGACCAUCGAAGCGGUUCUAUGAGGAUGAGAGUUCUGGAAUAUUCGUAGCACCCAAGCUCAAAGGUAAUAAUAGGACAAUAAAAAGGAAUAACCAUAAUAGAAAACGAGAUAAAAAUGCUUCAAAGCGGAAAAGAGGACAACAUCGGAAACUCAAUGAUGAAAAGAUAGGUCCCUGGGAGUUUAAUAAAUUUAUUAAAAAAGAAUUUAACAAAGAACCACUUACGGAGGAAAUUCAGUGGAAGACUAUUAAUAGACCAUUGGCUGAUUGUAUAAUGCAACUUGUCGAAGGAAAUGCAAAUAGCGCUCUUGAUGAUGUAUUCGUUCAGUACAACAACGAGUUACAACAUAUUACUAAUAAUAAUUAUGGAGAAAUUGAUAAAAUAUAUAAUAAAAAACAACAACUGUUCAAUGAAAUUUUGGACAAAAUGCAUAAUAAACUAAGGGAUUCACAAUUUCCGUCAAAAUUAAAAGAUAUCGAUUUGGAUGUGGAGGCUAUUGUGAGCAAAAGAGAAUACAUUCAACAAUUAUAUGAAGAUGAGAUGAAAAACAUCGAAAAUAUAGAAAUUGCAUUACAACAGGAAAAGGAAAAACUUUCAGAAAGCAAAAGAAUUUUACAAGGAAUAAAGCAGAACAAAGAAAAAAAUCUUAAUGAAAAGCUUCUAAAGGACGACCUUCACCCAAUUCUGAUUCCUGCCAUUCAAAAUGCAUACGGUAUGAUUGAAUCCAGUACCGGGGAUAAUGUACGAGGUGGUGAUAAGCCUACAUCGUGGAAGAAAGAUAUUGCAGAUAUGAAUCUUGAAAUACCUAUCCAGAUAAAAACGGAGCGUGCAGAUUAUGCCGAUGAAUGGGACGCUGUAGAAGCUAUGCCAGUAUUAAAUGACGUCAAACUUACAAAGAAUGAAUUUUAUACAGAUAUUAACUCAUUUCUAAAGUAUGGUAACCUUAGAGAGACACUGGAAUUCUUCAAUCGUUUCAAUAAAUGA